CCACCUUCCUCUUGCACCUGGUUCUAACUACCUCUUCUCCCACAAUUCGAAACAUCUUUUUAGAGCUCUCGAGAUUUGUCUCAAACAGAAUAUCUAGGUGCUGCCUUGGAGAAAUACAGAGCUUGGACAGUGAGCACACCACUCUGUCUACAGCGGACUUCUCCAUCGGUCACUGGAUCAUCAGUCGACGGUGGGAAACUAAAUUAUAUUUGAUGACAAAGUCAUACAACUCUUCAACCAGUUGAUCGUCAAACAUUCGAUCUCCACAACUAUCUAAUAUUCCAGCUCAAAUUCAUCUCCGUUCUUCACCUAUAUCCUUACCAUACCCGAAGACUCCAUUAAAUAGUGUACAGCCAUGGGUGACGCAGGAGAAGCGGAUCGUGGAAUCCGCAUAGCCAUCGAUCGGGGUGGCACCUUCACAGAUUGUGUAGGCAACCCCGGCACAGGACGUAUGGAAGACGAUAUAAUCAUUAAAUUGCUGUCAGAAGACCCCUCCAACUAUAAGGAUGCUCCGUUGGAAGGCAUCCGGCGCCUUAUGUCCAAGUUCACAGGCCGUGAGAUUCCCCGUGGCGAGGCACUCGACACCACCAAGAUCGAGAGUAUUCGCAUGGGCACCACUGUGGCGACCAACGCCCUUUUGGAGCGCAAAGGCGAAAAGAUGGCCCUCAUCGUCACCAAGGGAUUCAAAGACUGUCUAGAAAUUGGCAACCAGUCCAGGCCCAAAAUCUUUGAUCUCGCCAUCCGAAGACCUGAUGUUUUAUAUCAGGAAGUCGUUGAGAUCGACGAGAGAGUCACUUUGGAGGAUUAUGCCGAAGACCCCACCAGGCAUCAAACCAAAGUCGAUGCUAAGCAUGACGAGGCUACAGACAAGGACCUGGUACAGGGGCUCUCAGGUGAAGCAGUGAGGAUACUGUCUCGUCCAGACCAAGAUGAAGUAAAGAAGCAGUUGCGUGGUCUCUAUGACAAGGGCUUCCGCAGUGUCGCCGUCUGUCUGAUGCACGGAUAUACAUUUCCUGCCCACGAGGCAUUAAUUGGGAAAAUCGCCCAUGAUAUCGGUUUCAAUAACGUGAGCUUGAGUCAUGAGUUGAUGCCCAUGAUCAAGCUCGUCCCUCGAGCUACAUCGGCCAGUGCUGAUGCUUAUCUGACUCCUGCCAUCAAAAAGUACAUCUCCGGCUUUCAGGCUGGCUUUGAGGGUGGUCUCGGUACCGAAAGCGUCAAGGCUGAGAAAGGAGAUAAAGGGGCCCGAUGUGAAUUCAUGCAAUCGGAUGGUGGGCUUGUCGAUGUCGAUCAAUUUUCCGGUCUUCGAGCUAUACUGUCUGGCCCGGCAGGUGGUGUGGUCGGCUAUGCCUUGACCUCAUAUGACCCAGAAACAAAGACUCCUGUCAUUGGUUUCGACAUGGGCGGCACCAGUACAGAUGUCAGCCGAUAUGGGUCCGGUCGCUACGAACAUGUCUUCGAGACUACGACUGCUGGUGUUACUAUUCAGUCGCCGCAACUCGAUAUCAACACUGUCGCCGCAGGAGGAGGAUCCCGUCUCUUUUUCCGUAACGGUCUCUUUGCAGUUGGCCCAGAAUCUGCUGGCGCACAUCCUGGGCCAGCUUGCUAUCGUAAAGGUGGACCUUUAACCGUCACAGAUGCCAACCUCUUUCUUGGACGUCUGCUACCGGACUUCUUCCCUAAGAUAUUUGGUAAGAAUGAAGAUCAAGGCCUUGACCCAGAAGCAAGUAAACAGCUUUUCGACGAUCUUACAAAAGAAAUCAACACAAAGACUGGUAAAAACCUCUCAGCCGACGAGGUCGCAUAUGGCUUCAUCAUGAUUGCAAAUGAGACCAUGACUCGCCCAAUCCGCUCUCUGACCGAAGCAAAGGGCCAUGAUACAUCGACCCAUCGCCUUGCGACUUUUGGUGGUGCAGGUGGCCAACAUGCCGUUGCUAUUGCAGAAUCGCUGGGAAUCCGUCAGAUCCUGGUACAUCGGUACUCAUCUGUCCUAUCCGCUUACGGAAUGGCUCUGGCAGACGUUGUGGACGAGUCUCAAGUUCCGGAAUCCCACGUCUGGGACCUUUCUGGUGGCAAGCGAGAAGGCCUGCAAUCCAAGCUUGAGGACCUGAAGCAGCGUUCCCGCAAACGACUGCAAGAUCAGGGAUUCACUGACGACACCAUCGAAUUUGAAGAGUAUCUCAACAUGCGUUACCGAGGCACAGAGUCGGCCUUGAUGGUGAUUCGGCCGUCCGAAGGCGAUGCAAAGGAGUACUUCGAUGGCGACGACUUCGCUUUUGGUGGUGCAUUCGUUCGUCAGCACGAGCAAGAGUUCGGUUUCACCUUACCAGACCGAGACAUCAUUGUCGACGAUGUACGUGUUCGGGGAAUCGGUAAAUCAUUCCGGGGCAUGUCCAAAACAGCAGAUCAACAGCUCAAAGAGAUCCAACCUAAAGACAUCGCCGAAGACAAAGCAUAUUCGACCUCGGAGGUCUACUUCGAAGGAGGGCGUCAGAAAACCAAGAUCUACAAGCUCGAAGACAUCGAAGUUGGCACCCGGAUCAAAGGACCGGCCAUCAUUGCCGACGGUACUCAGACAAUCGUGGUGACACCAGAUGCAUCGGCUCUAAUCAUCUCCACCCAUGUGGUCAUCAACAUUGGUGACGAAGGAGCGGCAAAGAAGGCUAAUACUAAGGAAGUCGACCCCAUUCUCUUAUCCAUCUUCGCGCAUCGAUUCAUGGCGAUUGCAGAGCAGAUGGGCCGCGCAUUACAGAAAACAUCAGUCAGCACCAACGUCAAAGAGCGGCUCGAUUACUCGUGCGCACUGUUUGACGCCGACGGUGGCCUCGUCGCCAAUGCACCCCAUCUUCCUGUGCACCUUGGCUCUAUGUCGACCUGUGUGCGCACACAAGCCAAGAUCUGGAAAGGAAAGCUAAAACGGGGCGAUGUAAUUGUCUCCAACCAUCCUGAAUAUGGUGGUACUCAUCUUCCUGACAUCACCGUCGUGACCCCUGCAUUCUCAUCAUCUGGUGAGAUUGUGUUUUACGUGGCCAGUCGCGCCCAUCACGCCGAUAUUGGUGGUAUCUUACCCGGAAGUAUGCCUCCUCAUUCGCGCGAGCUGUACCAAGAGGGUGCCGCAAUCAAGUCGGAGAAGCUCGUGUCUGAGGGAAAGUUCGACGAGAAGAGAAUUACCGAGCUCCUAUACGACGAACCUGCUCAAUAUCCUGAAUGUUCGGGGACUAGAUGUUUGGCAGAUAACAUUAACGAUCUAAAGGCUCAAAUUGCUGCCAACCAAAAAGGCAUUAACUUGAUCUCUUCGUUAAUCGAGGACUAUGGCGAGGAUGUGGUGCAGUACUAUAUGCACGCAAUUCAAGAUAACGCAGAGAAGAGUGUCAGAGAAUUAUUAAAGGAGGUGAGCAAGAGGUUUGAAGGCAAAGCCCUACAGGCGACCGACUAUAUGGACGACGGCUCGCCAAUCACGUUAAAAGUGACCAUCGACGCGGAGAAAGGAGAAGCAGUAUUUGAUUUUGACGGCACCGGGCCGGAAGUGUAUGGCAAUAUCAACGCCCCAGAAGCGGUGACAUACUCGGCCAUCAUUUACUGUUUGAGAUGUUUGAUCGAUCAGGAUAUCCCAUUGAAUCAGGGUUGCUUGAAGCCAGUUGAUGUAAGGAUCCCUCCAGGCAGCUUCUUGAGCCCGUCAGAAAAGGCCGCCGUGGUGGGUGGAAAUGUGCUCACCAGUCAACGCGUGACGGAUGUGGUAUUCAAGGCUUUUGAAGCCUGCGCUGCCAGUCAAGGCGAUUGCAAUAAUCUCACGUUUGGAUUUGGCGGCAAUGUCAAGGGAGGCAAGGAUAUCAAGGGUUUUGGAUACUAUGAGACGAUUGCUGGUGGCAGUGGUGCCGGCAAAGAUUGGGAAGGAACCAGCGGUGUACACACUCACAUGACCAACACGAGGAUCACGGAUGCUGAGGUUUUUGAACGGAGAUAUCCUGUCAUCUUGAGAGAAUUCAGCUUGCGCGCCGGAAGCGGUGGCGUCGGACAGCACAAGGGAGGUGAUGGGGUUAUUCGAGAUAUCGAGUUUCGAAUCCCUGUCCAGGUCAGUAUCCUGAGUGAAAGACGAGUAUACCGGCCUUACGGUCUUCAUGGUGGAGGUGAUGCACAAUGCGGGAAGAACAUCUGGAUUCGAAAGAUCAAGAAGACUCAAAAGAAAGGCAGCGGCGGUGAGCAUGAGGGUAAGCAACGAGAAGGUGAAGAAAAUGAGGGAUAUGAAGAGAAGCAACUCAGUCUCGGAGCGAAGAACACUGCGUCGAUGCAACCUGGCGAAAGGAUCAUAGUGAUGACACCUGGUGGAGGUGGAUACGGCCGAGCAGGUGAAAAGAGUCAGGUGGAUCUCAAAGAGGAUUAUGAGAAACACUGGAAGAAAGGAAGUCUUGCAUCGAGAUUGGCCGAGUGGGAGAGUAGUUCGUGAUGAUCUUUGAUGUGUGAUCAAGAUAUGUAGAGGUGACGGGGUAAUGUUAUCCAACCCGAGAAGGGGGGCGUCAUUGUCAAGUAGUGACAAGACAAGCAUUUGUCGAAACAGAGAAUGAUAUAAAGUGAUUUCGAAUA